AUGGCUCCUCAUGAAGAUGUAACCAUGGGGGACUCCGAUGGAUCAGAAAUCGAGGUUGAGACAAUUGCCAAGAAAACGAAGAAAGACAAGACCAAGGACAGAUCCAAGCCAAGAACCAAGGAAAAAUCUGGCAAAGAAAAAUCUGGAAAAGAAAAGUCUGGAAAGAAGCGCAAAGUAGAAGAAUUGUCAGAAGAGCCAAUUCCUACCUCAAUACCGUCUCCAGAAACUAGUAGCGCAUUGUUGGAGCCCGAUUCGGAAGUUCAGGACGAAGACGUUGCUAGCUCAGAAGAAUCCAACAAACCAUCGUCCAAGAAACGUAAACCAAACGUGGGAGAAGAGAUCGAGGUCGACAUCACGCUUCCAGAGCCACCGUCUAAAAAAGCUUUACGUGCUUUGAAGAAAGGGAAACCAUUACCGCCCUCUAAAAGUGGCGCUGAGACCACCCCGGAGCCAGAAGCUAAGAAAGCGAAAGCAGAGGUAGAGAAACGUUCUGAACACGGAAUUUGGAUCGGUAAUCUGGCAUUCCAUAUCUCAAAGGAGGAUCUCCGCAAGUUUUUCGUGGAAAAGUCAGAUAUCACCGAUGACUUGAUCACGAGGAUUCAUAUGCCGGGCCCGAACGACAAGAAGUCAGCAAACAAGGUCGAGGAGAGAAGAAAUGGCAAGACCGUGCACAACACAGGUUAUGCUUACGUUGAUUUCUCUACUGCCGAGGGAGCAACAGAGGCUGUUGAACUCUCGGAGCAGUUACUGGGAGGUCGUAGAGUUCUGAUCAAAAAUAACAAGUCGUUUGAGGGUAGACCGCAGAAGACGAAAGAGGAGAGCAGAAAUGAGGGAAAGCCGCCCAGCAAGAGAGUGUUUGUCGGAAAUUUACCUUUUGAUGCUACGGAAGCAAUAAUUCAGUCGCACUAUGAGAAAUGUGGCGCUAUUGGGACACUCAAGCUAGCGACUUUUGAGGACAGCGGAAAGUGUAAGGGCUACGGCUGGGUCACUUUCGACGAACUGGAAGGAGCCCAAAAUUGUGUUCGUGGAUAUGUGCUUGUUGAAGAAGAGCUGUCAGAUGAUUCUGAAUCCGAAGACAAAAGUGGUUCCGGAGACGAAGGAACAGACAUCACCAAGGUGAAGUCAGAGAAGAAGCCUAAAAAGCGGAAAGUUUGGUGCAAUCGACUAAAUGGCCGUGCAUUAAGGACCGAAUUCGCAGAAGACGCCCAAGUACGGUACAAGAAGCGGUAUGGAAAGGAUGGCACUAAGCAGCAAGCAGCUGCAGGAUCAGUUGAGAAGGCAACUGAGCCAGCCCAAGAAUCUCAUGUUAUCAUUCCAAAGGUUGUUGAGUAUCGGAAGGAAUAUGCUCCUCGGCUUACUGGUGGUAUUGUAGAGAGUAAGGGAAAGAAGGUCACAUUUUAG